AUGGCAGCCCAAAUUCCCACUGAAGCUCUCAAGGAGCUGAAAGUGGCCGACGGUACCCAGCCGGCUGGCCAGGCUGGUAACGCGGCCAACGGCCAAGCCGAAGAUGCACACGACGGCGAAGAUUCCGAGGACGACGCUGAGGACGCCACUCCUGCGCCCGGCGCGGCCAAGAAGAAGAAGAAGAGAAAGCCCAAGAAGAAGAAGAAGAACCCCACCAGCCAGACCGAGCCCCCUCGUGUCAUGGUCAGCCAGCUGUUCCCCAACAAGAACUUCCCCAAGGGCGAGGAAGUCGAGUACAAGGACGAGAACAACUACCGAACCACCAACGAGGAGAAGCGCCACCUGGACAACCUCAACAGCGAGUUCUUGGCCGACUACCGAGAGGCUGCUGAGAUCCACCGACAGGUGCGACAGUAUGCGCAAAAGGUCAUCAAGCCCGGCCAGAGCCUGACCGAGAUUGCCGAGACCAUCGAGGACAGCGUCCGCGCACUGACGGGCCACUCCGGCCUGGAGGAGGGAGAUGCCCUGAAGGCCGGCAUGGGUUUCCCCUGCGGUCUGUCCUUGAACCACUGCGCGGCUCACUACACCCCCAACGCGGGCAACAAGAUGGUGCUCCAGCAGAACGACGUCAUGAAGGUGGAUUUUGGCGUCCACGUCAACGGAAAGAUUGUCGACUCUGCCUUUACAAUGGCCUUUGAGCCCAAGUACGAUCCUCUCCUCGCGGCCGUGCGAGCGGCCACCAACGCUGGUAUUCGCGAGGCCGGCAUCGACGCCCGCGUUGGCGAGAUCGGCGGCGUCAUCCAGGAAGUCAUGGAGAGCUACGAGGUCGAGAUUGACGGCACGACCUACCCAGUCAAGAGUAUCCGCAACCUGACGGGCCACACCAUUCUGCCGUACAGCAUCCACGGUACCAAGGCCGUGCCCAUUGUCAAGAGCAACGACCAGACCAAGAUGGAGGAAGGCGACGUGUUUGCCAUUGAGACAUUUGGCAGCACGGGCAACGGCUAUGUCCGCGACGACGGCGAAGUUUCGCAUUAUGCAAAGGUUGGCGACGUGUCGCACGUCGACCUGCGAUUGAGCUCGGCCAAGUCCCUGCUUAAUGUGAUUAACAAGAACUUUGGAACGCUGCCGUUCUGCCGACGAUACCUCGACCGCCUUGGCCAGGAGAAGUAUCUUCUCGGUCUCAACAGCCUGGUGCAGAACGACAUUGUCGAGGCGUACCCGCCCUUGGUUGAUAAGAAGGGCUCGUACACUGCUCAGUAUGAGCAUACUAUCCUUAUUCGACCCACCGUGAAGGAGGUCAUCAGCCGCGGAGACGAUUACUGA